AACCGCGCCACGCACGACACAGCAGCAGCGGGGGGAGAGGGAGAGGGAGAGUGGUGUGGGAUCAUGGCGACGGCGGCGGGGAUGGGGAUGGGGAUCGGGGCGGUGGGGAUGGGGAUGGCGCCCGCGAUGGCCGGCACGGCGCGGCAGAGGCAGCCGAGGGGGAGGCUGCUGCAGCGGGUGCGGAGGCAGUGCGUGGCGGAGCUGAGCAGGGACGGGGGCGGGCCGGCGCCGGCGCCGCUGGUGCACCAGCCGGUGCUGCCGAGAUUCCUCGUGCCGGCGGCGCCACCGCCCGCGCCCACGCAGUCGCCGGCGCCGGCGCCGACCCCGCCGCCCCUGCCGGACUCCGGCGUGGGGGAAGUUGAGCCCGAUCUCGAAGGUAUCGUGGAAGAUUCCAUCGACAAGACAAUUUUUGUGGCUAGUGAGCAGGACUCUGAGAUCAUGGACGUGAAGGAGCAAGUUCAGGCUAAAGUGACACGGAGCAUUGUCUUUGUAACUGGCGAAGCUUCUCCUUAUGCAAAGUCAGGUGGACUAGGAGAUGUUUGUGGUUCACUGCCAAUUGCUCUUGCUGUUCGUGGUCAUCGUGUGAUGGUUGUAAUGCCAAGAUACAUGAACGGGGCCUUGAACAAAAAUUUCGCAAAUGCAUUUUACACAGAGAAACACAUUAAGAUUCCAUGCUUUGGCGGAGAACAUGAAGUUACUUUUUUCCAUGAGUAUAGGGAUUCUGUUGAUUGGGUGUUUGUUGACCAUCCCUCGUAUCAUAGACCAGGAAAUUUAUAUGGAGAUAAUUUUGGUGCUUUUGGUGAUAAUCAGUUCAGAUACACACUCCUCUGCUAUGCUGCAUGUGAAGCUCCAUUAAUACUUGAAUUGGGAGGAUAUAUCUAUGGACAGAAAUGCAUGUUUGUUGUGAACGAUUGGCAUGCCAGCCUUGUGCCAGUCCUUCUUGCUGCAAAAUAUAGACCAUAUGGUGUUUAUAGAGAUUCCCGGAGUGUUCUUGUCAUACAUAAUCUAGCACAUCAGGGUGUGGAGCCUGCAAGUACAUAUCCUGACCUGGGGUUGCCACCUGAAUGGUAUGGAGCAUUAGAAUGGGUGUUUCCAGAGUGGGCAAGGAGGCAUGCCCUUGACAAGGGUGAGGCAGUUAAUUUUUUAAAAGGUGCAGUUGUGACAGCAGAUCGAAUUGUGACUGUGAGCCAGGGAUAUUCAUGGGAGGUCACGACUGCUGAAGGUGGACAAGGCCUCAAUGAGCUCUUAAGCUCCCGGAAGAGUGUAUUGAAUGGAAUUGUAAAUGGAAUUGACAUCAAUGAUUGGAACCCAUCAACAGACAAGUUUCUACCUUGUCAUUAUACUGUUGAUGACCUGUCCGGAAAGGCCAAAUGUAAAGCUGAAUUGCAGAAGGAGCUGGGUCUACCUAUAAGGCCUGAUGUCCCACUGAUUGGCUUUAUUGGAAGAUUGGACUAUCAGAAAGGCAUCGAUCUAAUCAAACUCGCUAUGCCAGAUCUCAUGCAGGAAGAUAUUCAAUUUGUCAUGCUUGGAUCUGGUGACCCAGGUUUUGAAGGAUGGAUGAGAUCCACAGAGUCAAGCUACAGGGAUAAAUUUCGUGGAUGGGUUGGAUUUAGUGUUCCAGUUUCCCACCGAAUAACUGCAGGUUGCGAUAUAUUGUUGAUGCCAUCCAGAUUCGAACCUUGUGGCCUCAAUCAGCUAUAUGCUAUGCAAUAUGGAACGGUGCCUGUUGUUCAUGGAACUGGAGGCCUUAGAGAUACAGUGGAGAACUUCAAUCCGUUUGCUGAGAAAGGAGAGCAGGGUACAGGGUGGGCAUUUUCACCACUAACAAUUGAAAAAAUGCUGUGGGCAUUGCGGAUGGCGAUUUCGACAUACAGGGAACACAAGUCUUCUUGGGAAGGUUUGAUGAAGCGAGGCAUGUCAAGGGACUUCACAUGGGACCAUGCCGCUUCACAGUACGAACAGAUCUUCGAGUGGGCCUUCAUGGAUCAACCAUAUGUCAUGUAAAUGGAUUCGAAGGAAGCAGCAAUUCUCCGAAGACACUCAAUCUUCAUAUCUUCCAUGAGCGGAAUGAAAACUUUGUACAUUACAUGGAAAAAGGAUCAGUUAUGCAAAGUUGCAAACGAUCGUUCAAGGUUACUCUUGUAGGCCUGCUACUUGGCCAAUGUGUCUCCAGUGACCAUAUGCAAAGGCAAGUUCAGAUGAAUGGCACUUGUAAGUAGUCAUGAAUAAGAUGAGGAUGCUUGGAGCGGUUCACAUGGUUGAUAUCACGCCAGCAGCCUCUCAAUGCGAGUCUGGAAUGAAUAGGAUUUAGCUCCCGUCAAUUACAGUAGUACCUUUUUCCGCCUUAAACUGUCACUUAUGUUGUUGUUAUAUAUGUGGCAGAUGAAUUUUGGUUCAUUAGGUAAUCGUGUUGUCGAGCCUUAAGGUAAGAUUAAAUAGUGUUUGCAAGUUGUACCUACUGUGGUCUUAAUUGUCGAAGUAAUCUUGGGAAU